AGAUUCAGAGACAAAGGGACCGAGCUCGCUCUCCAUCGACGAAUUCGACAAUUCGUCCGACUGCGAGCGCUAGGGCAUCUGGAUCUGCUUCAAGCGAUUGCGGAGCCGCUGCUGCUGCUGCUGGAAUCAUGGGCAAGGGAUACAAGCUGAAGGAGGUGGUCUACACUCUGUCGCCAUUCGAGCACAAGAUCAUGACCACUUUCUGGUCGCAAUUCGCCUACAAGACCAAGAAGCGAAUUUCGGAGAAUUGGGUGAACACUCUGACGCUGGUCUGCCCCGUCGCCGGUACUUACAUGUACGCUAAUAGUGCCGUGGAGAAGGAGAAGCAUCACCACAGAAUGUAAUUACUGGGAGAAUAUAUAUCUUUGGCUAUGGGCAAUCAGAUCGCGAGUUGUGCAAGUAGACAGUUCUUUUCACAUCACUUAUCAGCAGAAAGUGAAGGACGCAAUUUUGUCAUCGACAUAUAUGUCUUUGUCCUCUUGGACUGGGUGAACGUUUUCGCCUAAAGGCCCACGCUGCUGUGAGAUCUCGCGCGUUUAGAUGUUGACGUGAGUAUAUCGUUUAGUACGACUCCAGGACUCAUAAUUUAAGCCUUGAAGUCUUCACUUGAAGCAUAUUCAGGGUGGAUUUGAAUUAUACAAGAACUUGGGGUUUGCGUUUUCCUGGCCAUCAGUAGCAUUUGAACAAGGCAAAAAAGCAAAAGCGAGACUGUGUUCUAAACUGCAAUCAGUUGGAAAUCAUAUCAUUGGCUGUACUGUCGAAGGAGCUGCUUGUUUUUCCUGAUCUUUGGUUACAUCUUUGGAGGAGCGCGACGAGGGAACGCAGUCAUUAAGAGUUCGGGAGGGUUGUUUAUUCUGAUCCUUAUCAAUUUCUCCAGUCUGUUGUCAGGUCUCUUGUCAGCCUUCACGUCUCGUGGAUGCAGCUCAUGUCUAGGUGCUUUGUCUUACAAUACCCGUGUAUGGUUCAGAUCAACGUUUGCUCGCUG